AAAAACUUCAGUGUAAUAAUCUGGCAAUCUGUCAUUGCCGAAAAUGUCUGCGAGUUCUAAACGUACUGUUUAUGUUGGUGGGCUUGCAGAAGAAGUUAAUAAAGAUAUUAUUCAUGCUGCUUUUAUUCCAUUUGGUGAAAUAAUUGAUAUUCAAAUUCCUUUGGACUAUGAAACACAGAAACAUAGAGGCUUUGCCUUUGUGGAAUUUGAAGCUGCUGAGGAAGCUGCCGCUGCAAUUGAUAACAUGAAUGAUUCAGAACUUUUUGGAAGAACAAUAAGAGUAAAUUUGGCAAAACCAAUGAAAAUAAAAGAAGGCUCAACUAGAGCAGUUUGGUCUGAUGAUAGUUGGCUAAAAGAACAUGCUGGUGAAACGCUUCAGCAAGAUGAUGCUGAAGGUAAUACUAAAAGAAAACAUGAUGAAAAUGAGGAUGAAGAGCCUGAAAAGAAAAGACAGAAAUCUAACCCUACAGUAUAUUUAGAUAUUGCAAUUGAUGGAGAGGAAAUUGGACGUAUUCAAAUAAUGUUGAGGAAAGAUAUUGUUCCUCUUACAGCAGAAAAUUUCCGUUGCUUGUGUACACAUGAGAAAGGCUUUGGAUACAAAGGCAGCACAUUUCAUCGAAUAAUACCACAAUUUAUGUGUCAAGGUGGAGAUUUCACUAAUCAUAAUGGAACUGGGGGAAGAUCAAUUUAUGGCAAAAAAUUUGAUGAUGAAAAUUUUACACUGAAGCAUACUGGCCCAGGAAUACUUUCUAUGGCAAAUUCAGGUCCCAAUACUAAUGGCUCUCAGUUCUUUCUGACUACUGCAAAAACAGAAUGGUUGGAUGGAUUUCAUGUAGUUUUCGGACAAGUAAUCAGUGGCAUGGAAGUUGUAAAAAGAAUGGAGGUGUUGCAUUUCUUUUCAGAAAUGUGGCACUAAAACUGGAAAACCAACACAAAAAGUAGUAAUUGCUAAUUGUGGAGAGUUAUCUUGAUAAUAUGUUAUGAUAAUAAUUGUGUAAAUAAAUUUUAGCUAUCAA